GAAAAAUCUUAGCAGGCUCCUAGCGACUUAGGUUGGCCGGUGUGGUCUGGCUGAGAUUAUGCGGCUGAUUACUAACUACUGCACUGCGCUAGCUGAGUUCUGUUCUCUUCGCGAGGACUUGAGAAGCAGGGGCGUGGUGACCCCGAUCAUGACCAGCAUCGCAUGGCCCUGCAGAGCUUGAAGUCGCCCCAGUGAAGGUCGAGGCGUGCCCCCUUACCGGCUAGUUUCCGCGAGAGGGGCAGAAGACUGCCUCCGGGCAGACCACGAGAGCGCUGGCGGAGCGGAAGCACGUUGGUUUGCGCGCAGUUGGUGGUCUUCAAGAAAAAGAAACAUCAGGAAUAGACAAGAAGUAUUUUUUCAUCUCUUUUUCUGUGCAGACAAUCGUAAUGGCUUUGUUGACUAAUGAAUA